AUGAAGGGUACAAUUGCUUCUCUUGUUUUACUCGCUCUAGAGCUUACACUUUGUCUUAUUUCAUCACGUUGGCAUUCAGUUGAUGUUGAUGACUCUCAAAUAUGUUUUAAAAAUCUUUUUCUUCGAUUCAAUACAUCUUCAUCAAAACAUCAAUCUUUACAUGUUGGUCCAUUAUUUUCAACUCAUAUUUCCAAAAUAGAUAAUACUCCUGAACAUUUUUCAUCUGAUCAUGCUAAAACUGAAACAGCUUUAUUGAUUACUGGUAUUGUUCUUAUAAUUAUUUCGGCAGUUUGUUUAUCAUUAAUUGAAUUUUGUUCAAGUAAAUCUAUUUUUAAUCGAUAUCGUAUUUGGUUUUAUUUAGUCAAUGUUCUUCUAUUAACAAUGAGUUUAAUUAUAUUAAUCGUUGGUUUUUAUUCAUUACAACAUAUUUUGAAACAACCAUUAAAUGGUGCAGCAGCUCUGGGAUUUUUUAUUGGAAUUUUAUUCAUAGUUAUGUUAGCUACACAUUCAGCUAUAACAUUUUGGACACAUGCUUGGGAUAUGCGUACGAAAAAAGUUGUAACAUAG